AUGAAAUUCCAACACGUCGCACCGGUGUGCCUUGCGGGCUGUGCCCUGGCCUUGCCGACUCCGGUCGAGAAGAGACAGGAUCUCUCCGACCUCAUUCCGUUCCCUAUCCCAAGCGGUCUAAUUCCGACUGGCCUUUCCCUUCCGUCUGGCCUCUCCCUCCCAUCCGGUCUCUCCCUCCCUUCAGGCCUCUCCCUCCCUUCAGGCCUCCCCAGCUUCUCUCUGCCUACGGAUCUGUCCGACCUAGGCUUGAAGCGCCGGGACGUGCCUUUCUCUCUGCCCUCUGGUGCUGCACUCCCUACAGACUCCCAAGCACUGUCUCAGCUCCUGCCAUCUGGUCUUCCCGACCUGUCCAGCCUCGGCAUCACCCUUCCCACCGGGCUUCCAUCCGAGAAGCGCCAAUUCGGCGGCGGCGGCGGCGGCGGCGACUCUGGCUCAUCUUCCAGUCCCUUUGGAAGCAUGCCCAGCUUGGGUGGCGGUGACUCCUCUUCCUCCGACUCCUCCAGCCCCUUCGGAGACCUACCCGGCCUUGGUGGUAGUGGCUCAUCCUCCUCCCAAUCCGGCGACUCCCCCUCACCCUCCAGCGGCUCAUCCUCGUCCGGCGGAAUCCCCGACUUCCUCAACGGCCUCGGAGGCUCUUCCAGCGAUUCUUCUAGCUCUGCCCAGCCCUCCAGCAGCGACGCUCUCAGCGGGCUCUCCGGUAUCUUUGGCGGGCUCGGAGGCGACUCCUCCCAGUCUUCCAGCGGCCCUUCUAGCUCCUCCCAGCCCUCCAGCAGCGACCCCUUCGGCGGACUCUCCGGCAUCUUGGGCUCUCUCGGGGGCGGCUCCAGCUCCUCCCAACCCUCCGGCAGCUUCUCUAACCCCUUCGGCGGCUCCUCUUCCUCUUCCUCUUCCUCCGACUCUUCUACCCCGGCUCAGCCCAGCGGCAGUGCUCCCCAGCCCAGCGCUGCCUUCCCCAGCAUCAGCCUCCCUGAGCCCAGCAGCAGCAGCAGCUCUUCCGACUCCAGCGACAGCGACUCUUCUUCCUCUGCAUCGGACUCCGAGCCCUCUCUCAGCCUUCCGACUCCGUUGGCGUUCUCGCCCGGUGGUCCGAACAUCCCGGCUCCUUCGUCUAGCUCGGCUAUUCCUACCAGCUCGGCUGUUCCUACUAGUGCGGCUGUGCCGACUGCGCCGUCUUCGUUUAAGCAGUUCUUUGCUUAGAAAAUGGUCGACACGGGUUGUAAACAGAUCGGUGGGUAGAGAAGUAGGUAGAUGGG